GGCCUCGGCGUGCCUGUGGAUGACAAGGACGAUGCUGGUUGGACUCCCUUACAUAUUGCCGCUUCGGCAGGCCGUGAUGAAAUUGUGAAAGCCCUCAUUGCUAAAGGUGCUCAUGUAAAUGCAGUCAAUCAGAACGGCUGUACGCCCCUGCAUUAUGCAGCCUCCAAAAAUAAGCAGGAGAUUGCAAUCAUGCUUUUAGAGAACGGAGCUGAUCCGGAUGCAACAGAUCAUUUUGAAUCCACCCCAUUACACAGAGCAGCAGCCAAAGGAAACCUAAAAAUGGUACAGAUCCUUCUGCAGCACAAUGCGUCUGUUAAUAUACAGGACUCCGAAGGAAAUACUCCUCUUCAUUUAGCCUGUGAUGAAGAGAGAGUGGAGGAGGCAAAGCUGCUGGUGUCUCACGGUGCAAGUAUCCACAUUGAGAAUAAAGAAGAACUGACCCCACUGAAAGUGGCAAGAGGUGGCCUGGGAGCCAUACUUAAACGAAUGGUGGAAGGCUAGUGGGGACUUCUGGCUUGGCCCUCUUUUCUCUCGCACUUGCAUUUAAGACUGCAAACUUUGUAUUUUGAUAGUUCCAACUAGGAUGUCAUGUGUGGGCAUCACCAUGGUAAUAAAAUGUGUAUUGCUAGCUUUCUUUCAAGUACAGUGCCAAAGCAACUGUUUGUACAUCCUGUUAAUUAAACAGCUCCCUGGUUUUAAAGUA